AUGAAUAAUCAAUCCCCAAGGCAUGGAGGUUCGACUUUUGGUCAUAGAGUGAUUCAUCAUGAUCGUGAAGAAGUAGAUCGAAGAUUAUGGAAUGAUUAUUUUUCAGAGUAUCCAAAAUAUUCUGAAGCAAUGUUUCGUAGACGAUUUCGAAUGAGUCAAAAUUUGUUCCUACGAAUUGCCAAUGUUGUAAAAGGCCAUGACAACUAUUUUGUGCAACGGAAUGAUAGAAUCGAUAGACUGGCUUAUCUACUUUACAAAAAAGUAACAAUGGCGUUUCAAAUUUUGGUGUAUGGAAUACCAGCAGAUGCAGUAGAUAAAUAUAUCCAUAUUGGAGAAACAACUACAAUUGAAAGUUUGAAGAGAUCCUGUCGAGCAAUUGUAGAGAUCUUUGGGGAGCGAUAUCUAAGAGCACAUGAUGCUAAUGAUGUUGCACGGUUGCUUCAAAUUGGCGAAAAACGUGGUUUUCCAGGGAUGUUUGGGAGUUUAGAUUGCAUGCCCUGGAUAUGGAAAAUUUGUCCAACUGCCUGGGCUGGACAAUAUGCGAGGCGGAGUAGAGAAUCACCUAUUAUUCCUGAAGCUGUAGCCAAUUAUGAUGAUAGGUUAUAUACAUCGGGUUCGUGUUCUCGUUUGUAA